CUGACUUCCGCUGACGUCACGUGCAUCCCGACACGUGGAUCCAAGAUGGCGGCGUCGGCGGCGAUGGAAAGGCUGAGGUACACACUGCUCCUGCUGUUCCUGCACAGUACAGACUCCUUCUAUGUACCUGGGGUGGCUCCUAUCAACUUCCACCGCAAUGACCCUGUAGAAAUUAAGGCUGUGAAGCUCACCAGCUCCCGAACCCAGCUCCCGUACGAGUACUACUCCCUGCCCUUCUGCCAGCCCACCAAGAUAACAUACAAGGCUGAGAACCUGGGUGAGGUUCUUCGGGGGGACCGAAUUGUAAAUACCCCUUUCCAGGUCUCCAUGAACGUGGAGAAGAAAUGUGAAGUCCUGUGCAACUUCCCCAACAAACCGGUCACUCUGACAGUGGAGCAGAGCAAGCUGAUGGCCGAGCGGAUCAGGGAGGAUUACUAUGUCCAUCUCAUUGCCGAUAACCUCCCUGUGGCAACACGGCUGGAGUUCUAUUCCAAUCGUGAGGAAGAGGAGAAGAAGAAGGAGAAGGAUGUGCAGUUUGAGCAUGGAUACAGGCUUGGCUUUAUGGAUGGUAACAAGUUCUACCUGCACAACCAUCUCUCCUUCAUCCUUUACUACCACAGAGAGGAUGUGGAAGAGAACCAGGAGCACACCUACAGGGUUGUGCGCUUUGAAGUCAUUCCCCAAAGUAUUAAACUAGAAGACUUGAAAGCUGAUGAGAAGAGUAUGUGCACCCUGCCUGAAGCUACCGGCUCUGCCCCUCAGGAAAUAGAUCCUUCUAAGGAGAACCAGUUGCUCUUCACCUACUCUGUCCACUGGGAGGAAAGUGACAUCAAAUGGGCUUCCCGCUGGGACACGUACCUGACCAUGAGUGACGUGCAGAUCCACUGGUUUUCCAUCAUUAACUCCGUUGUGGUCGUCUUCUUCCUUUCAGGUAUUCUCAGCAUGAUCAUCAUCCGCACGCUCCGGAAGGACAUUGCCAACUACAACAAGGAAGAUGACAUUGAAGAUACGAUGGAGGAAUCUGGUUGGAAACUUGUCCAUGGAGAUGUCUUCAGGCCUCCGCAGUAUCCUAUGAUCCUCAGCUCUCUCCUGGGCUCUGGAAUUCAGCUCUUCUGUAUGAUCCUGAUUGUCAUCUUUGUUGCUAUGCUGGGGAUGCUGUCGCCCUCCAGCCGGGGUGCGCUGAUGACUACAGCCUGCUUUCUCUUCAUGUUCAUGGGGGUUUUUGGAGGGUUCUUUGCUGGCCGCUUAUACCGGACUCUGAAAGGACAUCGAUGGAAGAAGGGAGCUUUUUGUACAGCCACCCUGUAUCCCGGCGUCGUCUUUGGGAUCUGCUUCGUCCUGAACUGCUUCAUCUGGGGGAAGCACUCCUCUGGAGCGGUGCCUUUCCCGACCAUGGUGGCCUUGCUCUGCAUGUGGUUUGGCAUCUCCUUGCCCUUGGUCUACCUGGGUUACUACUUUGGGUUUCGCAAACAGCCCUAUGACAACCCUGUUCGGACAAACCAGAUUCCCAGGCAGAUCCCGGAGCAGAGGUGGUACAUGAAUAAAUUCGUGGGGAUUCUCAUGGCUGGAAUUCUGCCGUUUGGAGCAAUGUUCAUUGAGCUGUUCUUCAUCUUCAGUGCAAUCUGGGAGAACCAGUUCUAUUACCUUUUUGGCUUUCUCUUCCUGGUGUUUAUAAUCCUGGUGGUAUCGUGCUCCCAGAUCAGCAUUGUCAUGGUGUACUUCCAGCUCUGUGCUGAGGAUUACCGCUGGUGGUGGAGAACCUUCCUGGUGUCUGGAGGCUCUGCCUUCUACGUGCUGAUCUAUGCGGUCUUCUACUUUGUGAACAAGCUGGAUAUUGUUGAGUUCAUUCCCUCCCUACUAUACUUCGGCUACACGGCCCUCAUGGUCCUGUCCUUCUGGCUCCUCACUGGCACCAUUGGCUUCUAUGCAGCCUACAUGUUUGUCCGGAAGAUCUACGCUGCAGUGAAAAUAGACUGAAGGUGCAGAGACCCAGCAGGAAGCAGACACCUGAACGUGUGUCCUGGGAGCCAAGGGGACAUCUUCUCCCAGCUCUUUUAAGGAAACAAAAUCCCAUGGGAGAGUGACAAGAGAAAUAAAUAACUCCUCCUUUUUUGGAAUGUAACUGUGGCACAGUGUACAUGGAUUCCGGGCUACUUCUGGGGGGAAGAGGGGUCUGUAGAUACCUUACAUUUUAACUUUAUUAUCCUGUUCCAUAUUUGAGGGAGUUUUUUAGCAGAGAAAUACCCCUCUGUAUAAGUAAACCCCUUUUUUGCUAAUUCA